AUGACCGGCGAACUUCACCAUGACACCGUCCAAGGUGACAACACCAAUCCCGACAUUCUUCCUAUCUCGUCGCCAUCAGAUUACCCUGUCUCCCUGGACCUCGAGAGAACACCAACCAUGAGCAUAAGAGAUCAUCGCGCAGAAGAGAAACCGGAUCUGGUACGCAUACGGUCGGCCAUCUCGGCGCACGACAUACAAGGUGUGCCCAGCCAUGAUAGCACCUUUGUCGAAAUCAAUGCCGCCCAAUAUGAGCGUUUCAGUGAGCGCCGGAAAAUCGUCAUUACUUGCGUCCUCUCGCUGUGUGGCUUUCUGUCUCCGAUCUCGUCCACCACCAUCCUUUCUGCUAUUCCGGAGGUAGCAGCCACCUACAACACUGACGGCACCAUGAUCAAUUUGUCGAAUGCGCUGUAUCUGAUCUUCAUGGGUCUGUCACCUUGUCUUUGGGGUCCAAUGUCCAACAUCUAUGGCCGUCGAUGGGUGUGCAUCAUCACUGCCAUUCUGUUCUUUGCAUUCAGUGUCGGGACUGCGCUCGCACCCAAUCUGGCAUCCUAUUUCGUCUUCCGAAUGCUCACCGCAUAUCAAGGGACGUCGUUUCUCAUUGUGGGAAACUCGUGUCUGGGAGACAUUUACACUCCGACAGCGAGAGCCACCGCACUCGGCUGGUUUCUCUCGGGUACACUGAUCGGCCCUGCCUUUGGGCCUUUUAUCGGAGGCAUAAUCGUCACGUUCCGUUCGUGGCGUGACAUCUUCUGGCUGCAAUCUGCCCUCGGUGGCCUCGCUGCCGUCCUGGUGAUCUUGUUGCUUCCUGAGACGAUUCCGGAAAAGAAGAUUCACGAGCUUCGCGAAUACUCCCAGAAAGAGCGGACACUGCGGAUAAUUCAUUGGGUGUCUCCCUUCCGUAUCGCCGUCCUACUCUUCUCGUACCCCAACCUUAUCAUCGCCGGUCUCUCAUCGAGUGCUCUUGUCUGGAACAUGUACGGCUUGCUCACGCCGAUCCGUUAUGUCCUCAACCCUCGGUUCCACCUGACAUCUCCCAUCCAGUCUGGCCUUUUCUAUAUUGCACCUGGCUGCGGGUAUCUGUUGGGUACCUUCUUUGGUGGUCGUUGGGCCGACCACAUCGUGAAAAAGUGGAUUCGGAAGAAAAAUAGGCGCGUGGCCGAGGAUCGUUUGAGAUCAUGUUAUGUGUUCGUUGGCGGUGUCGUGCCCGCUUGCAUGCUCAUCUAUGGAUGGUCGGUGGAAAAGGCGGUAGGCGGCAUCCCUCUACCCGUAGCGGCAAUGUUCCUUCAGGGGGUUGCUCAGCUCUUCUGCUUCCCGAGCCUCAACACCUAUUGUCUGGACGUCAUGCAAUACAAGGGCCAAUCCGCAGAAGUGGUGGCGGGAAACUACAUGAUCCGGUACGCAUUCGCUGCUGCGGCGUCCGCCGUGUGUCUGCCAGCGAUCGAGGCGAUCGGGGUUGGCUGGUUCAGCACAAUCUCUGCCGUGUUCCUAGUGAUCAGCGCUGUCUGUUUGUGGGCCACAACGAUAUGGGGGGAGGGCUGGAGACAGGCCGUUGACAACAAGAAGAAAAUGAAGAGGAGACAAAGACGAGAAGAGAAGGCCAAGGAUGAAGGCGGCAAAGAGGGUGUGUGA